AUGGCAUCAAUGAUAACAAAAGACGAUGAAUUACGUUCAUUUGAUGUACCUGAAAUAGCACGUCAUCCUCGUGGUUAUACCAUCUAUAAAAUUGUUUUACAAAUUACACCAAAAGAAUUAACUGAAAAUAGUUAUCAAUUGGUCUAUUGGAAACGUUAUUCUGAUAUUCGAAAAUUCUACGAUACUCUUUAUCGUUAUCAUCAAGCUAUUUAUCGUCCAGAGAAAUUUCCAAAUUUUCCAAAUAAAUCAUCAUAUAUGGAACGUUUUAAUCCAAUUAUUAUUGAAGAGCGACGUUUAGCUACGAAAGAAUUUCUUAAUUUUGCUGUAAAAUAUUUAUAUUUACGUACACAUGAUGCUUACAUAAAUUUUUUUCAGAAUGGUGAAAAAGUUGUAUUACCUGAUGUUGAAACAGAUACAUUAAAACCGGAAUCAAUCAUAACACAACAACCACAAGUAUCAAUUCCAAUUUUACCAACACCUAUGCCAUCGAUUUCAAUAAAUAAAACUACCGAUGAACUUUUAUUAAAUGUUGAUGAAGAUGAACAUGUGAAUAGUCCAUCUACGAAAAUACUUGAUGAACUUAAUGAUCUUCACUUUGAACAUAAUGAUGAAAAUAAAGAUGAUUUGAAUAUAAUUCAAAUUGAACCAUCAGAUUUCAUACCAUUACCAUCAAAUACAAAUAAUAAUGAUUCUUCUUCAUAA